AUGAUUUCCGACGGUGACCUCUAUCGCCUUGCCAUUUUCUUGGGCUCGUGCGCCAUGAUGAUGAUCGUCCUCUACCACUUCCUCGACGUCAAUGCGCAGGAUGAGGAGCCGACCGAGGCCGCCUCCGUGAAGCCAACUCGCGCCACAGCCAAGGCCACGUCAACACCAUCCUCAGAGACGGCAGCCACCUCGUCGCCAGCCACACGGCAAGGAAUAUAA